ACAGUUGCAACAAACAAGCGAAUUCCUCUCCCUCUCGCACUCCAGCUGAGACCGAAGAGAGAAAGAAAAAUCUCAUAUUUUUCCCCUUUUAAUUUUUAAUUAUUAAUGAUAAAAGGAAAUCAAAGAAAUCCACAGUGAGUGUAGACUCUUUGGUUAGGGUUUUUUUUUUUUUAAGUGAAAAGAAAACCAAACAACUUGGUUGGUGGCUUGAGUUAGGGUUUCGGGAAAUAUAGGGUGUCAUCUGUUUUGAAUCACGAUUUUUUGAAAUUUACGCGACCUCCUGUCUGUUAAUGUGAGUGAAGUUGUUGGGGGGCUGGGGCUGGGGCGGGGGCGGGGAGGGAGUUUCGGGUUUUGUUUUAAUGGGGAGUACAGGGGAGCCAGACAGAAAACGGCGUCACUUUAGCUCUAUAUCAUCUCCACCUGCUGCUAUGGCUAAAAAGCAGCCGUUCUCGCAUUUAUCCGAGGACAAAAAGCUUGAUACCACUGUUCUUCAAUACCAAAAUCAAAAGCUUCAACAGAAGUUGGAGGCUCAGAAGGUUGAGCAUUCUGCACUAGGAAACAAAUUCUCUCAACUGAAGGAGAAACAGCAACCAUACAAUUCCACAUUAAACGCUGUCAACAAGUCUUGGGAAGUGUUGGUUAGUGACUUGGAAACGUGUUCCAACCGCACAAGAGAGCGGAGCAAUGGGCAAGAUGUCAAACAUAUACCAGUUACAAAAGAUGAGAGCUCAUCUUUUCUCAAGGAUGCAUUCCUUAGCCGACUUAUGGAAACUGGUGCAACUGAAAGUUCCUCUUCAAAUAAUUGCCCUGAUCAGAUGGAAGUGGAUAUAGAAACUGGCUUUGAAAAGAAUAAAAACGUUGUACAUAAUAUAGUGGAUACAAUCAAUGGCCUUUGGCAUCUGAAGGAUGGAUUACAUGCAGCAGUUUUGAAACAGCUUCCAGAAGAUGAUGCAUGUAGGCAAAUGACAUCUAAUGAACUGGAGAUGGAACUUAAGAAUUUGAGGUCUGGGCUAAGUGACCUUCAUUUGAAGCACAAAUCACUGGCAAUGGAAUUGCAGAACCAUCGAGACGCUGAUGCAAAAAAUAAAGCAAAGCUUAAGCAUCUAAAAGGUGAAUUGGAGAUUGCAGUUGCAGAACUGAAAGACAGCAACUGUAAAUUGGCAACCCUUAAAGCAGAGAGAGAUGCAACAAAAGGGGCAUUCUUUCCAGUCUUAAACUUGGGAAGUAAGCACAUUGGUGGUGAUAAGGUUAGGGAUAAACAAAAGGAUCUGCAAGAAAUGGAGUCUGCUGUCAAAGAGCUUUUAGACCAAGCUUCUUCUCGACUACAAGAACUAAAAGAUCUUCAUGAAGAAAGGUUAAAAAUAUUACAGAAGCUAUCCAAUUUGCAGAACUUGUUGAAGAAUGUGAAGAGUAUAUCUUCAUCACAAGCCUACCUCUUGGUGAGAGAUCAACUAGAGAAAUCAAAAUCAGAAGUUCUCCAAUAUCGGGCCUUAAUUGAGAAACUUCAGGUUGAGAAGGAUAACCUUGUCUGGAAGGAAAGAGAAUUAAAUGUGAAAAAUGACUUGGUUGAUGUUUGUCGAAGAUCUACUGCAGUUGUGGAUUCUAGAAUUGCUGUUUUAGGGAAAGAAAUACAAAAACAGAUUAAUGAAAGAAACAUGAUUGAGACCAAGUUGGAAGAGGCAUCUAGAGAGCCUGGAAGAAAAGAAAUCAUAGCUGAAUUCAAAGCCUUGGUUUCCUCAUUUCCUGAGGAAAUGGGCUCUAUGCAACGCCAAUUAAGUAACUCCAAAGAUGCUUCUUCUGAUAUUCAUUCUUUGCGAGCUGAUGGGCAGUCUCUUUCUACUGUUCUGGAUAGGAAGGCCAAAGAGUGUGAAAAUUUGUCUGCCAGAUCCACAAACCAAAACACCGAGAUACAUAAGUUGCAGUCUGUGGUCCAAGAUCUGAAGGAAAGUGAACUGGAGUUGAAACUGAUUUUGGACAUGUAUCGGGGUGAAUCCACUUAUUCAAGGGAUGUCUUAGAAGCUAGGGAUCUCGAAUACAAGGCAAGGGCUCAAGUUCAAAGUUUUAAAUCCUCUCUUGAUGAGCAUAAUUUGGAAUCACGAGUGAAGACAGCAAACGAAGCUGAGGCCAGAUCACAGCAAAGGCUAGCUGCUGCGGAAGCUGAUAUUGCUGAUUUGAGACAGAAAUUAGAAGCUUCUAAAAGGGAUAUGUCUAGACUUUCUGAUGUCCUGAAAUCAAAAAAUGAAGGAAACGAGGCCUACUUAUCUGAAAUAGAGACAAUUGGUCAAGCAUAUGAUGACAUGCAAACUCAAAAUCAACAUCUGUUGCAGCAAAUCACAGAGAGAGAUGACUAUAACAUUAAGCUUGUUUUAGAGGGUGUGAGAGCAAGACAAAUGCAUGGUUCUCUGCUCAUGGACAAACAAAUCAUGGAAAAGGAGAUUCAGCAAGCCAAUAUUUCCCUCAAUUUAUUUUAUGUGAAAGCUGCAAGAAUAGAAGAUCAGUCAAAAUUCUGCUCAGACCAGGUUCAUAAACUUGUGGAAGAUAAGAUUCAAAGGUCAGUUACUUUGGAAAAUACACAAAAGAAAUUGCUGGAUAUGGGAAGAUCAUCUAGUCAAGCAAGAGAGUCAUUGGAGGAUUCACAAUCUAGAGUUGAAAGAAGUCGAUCUGCACUGCUGGAGCUGCGGAUAGAUCUGGAGAAAGAGAGGUUUGACAAGAGGAGAAUGGAAGAGGAGUUGGAAGUUGCAAGGAGAAAGGUUUCUCGUCUUCAAGCACAGACAGAGGGGUCUUCUAUUGUAGAAAAACUUCAGCAGGAGCUUCAAGAAUACAGGGAAAUAGUUAAGUGCAGUAUCUGUCUUGACAGACCUAAAGAGGUUGUCAUAACAAAAUGCUACCAUUUGUUCUGCAACACUUGUGUACAGAGAAUUCUGGAAAGCCGUCACCGCAAGUGUCCAGUAUGUAGCAUGAGUUUUGGGCAUAAUGACGUGAGGCUUGUUUAUAUCUGAGGGGGAAAGGGAAUGAGGUGUACCAUGUGGUUUGAUCAUGACACUUGUCAUCAAAUUCAGGUUCCAAUGAGGCUGUCUGUCCUUAUCAGAACCUUGACCUAUGGAUGCCCGGUGGUACAUGCCUAUUCUUAUGUUAGAGAAUUGUUGAGACAAUCCUGAUAGGAACCAGUGCAGUUCCUGUCCAUAUCGUCCCUGUGCAAAUCAUUGUAGAUUUAAUUCUAGGUUGAUUUCAUUUAGUUUCUUGACUUCGAUGUAUUUAUGAUGUUGGUUUCUUAAUUAACUGUUUGGGGCCACUGGAUUGUUUCGGUUUAUUGUUGCAGAUGAUCAGAAUUGAAGAAAUACCAUUGGUGGAAGGCCUUGGACGUUGUGGAAGCCAUCUUGGCAUAGCAACGAGAGUUGGUUCAUGCAUUAGAUGUCAGUUUUUCUCCAUCUAGUGAAAAUAGCUGUUAUGGAACUGAAUUUUUGACUGUACAGGUUUUAGAACAUGCAUUAGGUCGCAGAAAUGCCAGUUUACAUUUUUGUUUUAUAAACUAAUGACAUUUAUAAUAAAUAGUUUGUGCCUGAUGCGUUCA